AUGUUUACCUCACGGAAACCACAAGAGGAGGCCUACCCGGCCGUCCCCGACUCCCUAAGAUCCGACUCGGUCGAGAUGUCGGAGCUUAGAAAGACCCAACAAGCUCGAGCCGACACUUCUCCCUAUAUCACACCAUAUCUUGGCCUCACUGCUAGGCUUUCUCAGAUCUGGCUGAACCGAUGGACAAUAUUACUGUUGCUCGUCCUACUCAGAAUCGUCAUCCUCAUCGCUAGCUUGAAUGACAAUGUCGACGAAGCGAAUACGAAGGCGUUGACAGCCUGCUCCAAGGUGGAGGAUAUUGGCAGCGCCAUGGCUUCCAUGCCUCACUAUCUCUCCGUGGGCGUCAACGAGCUGUCUGCCAAGGGCAUCGAGAAGACGCUUGACGGCAUGGUCGCUGUGCUUGGUCUUGUCCUCACUGGUGUCCAGAACCUCAUCAUAUUUGUCAUCAACAUGUUGACUUCCAUGUACACCUGUCUCAUCACCGCCUUCAUUCACGGUGGUCUCGACGUGGCUGCUGAUGUCACGAAAAAGGUCACGGAUGCCAUGAACCAGGCGGUGGGCGCCAUCACCAACACCAUUGAUGAUAAGGCCAAGAGUUUACAGGAUGGCAUCAACAAGGCUGCCGACGCCAUUGAAGACUCCAUUCUCGGCAAAGUCCUUCCCGACUUCCCCAAGGUCGAUUUCACAGGUCCUGUCAGCGAACUGCGUGACAUCAAAAUUGACACCAAUGGCUUCGUUAGUGACCUCAACAAGCUCAACGACGACCUCCCGACGUUUGAAGAAGUUCAAAACAUGACUGCUGAAGCGAUUGCCUUCCCGUUCAACUUGCUGAAGCAGACCAUCAACGAUGCCUACAAGGGCUACAAGUUUGACCGUUCCAUCUUCCCUGUUGCUCAGAAGCAGGCCCUCAAGUUCUGCUCGACGAACAACGACAUUGCCGAGUUUUUCGACGGCUUGAGGGACAAGAUCAGAAAAGCUCGCAUCAUUUUCAUCGUCGUCCUUUCCAUCUUGGCUGCGUUGGUUAUUGCGCCCAUGGCAUAUCUCGAGAUUAUGCGUUGGAGGCGCGAACGCAAGCACGCCAGGAUUGUUUCCAGCGGCCAAUAUGACUCGAUGGAUGUGGUUUACAUCGCUUCUCGCCCGAUGACAGCAAGCUACGGCAUCAAGUUCUCGUCUUAUUUCAAGGGCAAGCGCCAGAUCAUGGUCCGUUGGGCCAUCGCUUAUGCCACAUCCCUCCCGGCACUCUUUGUCCUGGCUCUUGCUAUCGCUGGCUUUUUCUCCUGUCUUUGCCAGUACAUCAUCCUCGUGGGCGUCGAGAAAGAGGUGCCUGCUCUUGCCAGACAGGUCGGUAACUUUGCAGGGGAUGUUGUCAACACGCUUGAAGACGUCUCCAAGGAGUGGGCCGAUGAUGCCAACAGCGUUGUGCUAUCUACUCAGAACGAGAUCAACAACGACCUUCUCGGAUACGUCACGAACGCGACCUCGGCCGUCAACGACACUCUGAACACGUUCACCAACACCAUGACCACGGGCUUGGAGACUGUCUUCAACGGUACGAUCCUCAUCAACCCUAUCAAGGACGUUGUCCGCUGCACAAUCGGCCUCAAAGUCGAGUCUGUCCAAAAGGGGCUUACUUGGGUACACGACCACUCGCAGGUCUCGUUCCCCCUGUUUGCCAACGACACCUUCAGCCUCGGCGCUCAGAAAUCCAUCUCGGGUGAUUCGGAUCUCAACACGUUCCUGGCGUCGCCAUCGACCGUGACUACCGACGAGGUCACCGGCGCCGUCACUCAUGUCACCGAAUGGCUUCGCCGAGGUAUCAUCCAGGAAGCCCUGAUCUCUACUGGUAUCCUCCUCAUCUAUGUCAUCAUCGUGCUUAUCGGCGUCAUUCGUGCGCUGGUAGGCAUGGCCAUGCCAGACAAGGGCCGCGCUGAAGGCGGGCUGCGGUACACUGGAGAUGAUCGUCCUGCUUUGAGCCCGAGAAGCCCGCCCAGAUCCAACAGCAACGACGCGCGAUUCCCGCAAUUCGGCAGUGACGGCUCGGCGGUCGAUGAAGAUCACUACUCAAGAGAGGUCCGGGAUGAGAAGACAAUCAAGAAGACCAGCAUGGGCCGAGCACAACCCAUGCAAGGCCAUGAGAGGACAAGCUCAUACGGCCAUUUUGAUACCGCAUCAUCCAACAAGUUUUGA